AUGGCUGGCGAGGUUGUGGCGUCCGCGCGCAACCGCGUCGAGGAGCUGCAGGACGCCUCCGCCCACGCCGAGAUGCUCUGCAUGCGCGCCGCCGCCGCGUCGCACGGCGGGUGGAGGCUCAACGCCGACGCGGCGGGCGACCCGUGCCCGAGCACGCUGUACGUGACGGUGGAGCCGUGUCCGAUGUGCUACGCCGCGCUGCACGGCUUCCGCGUGGAGCGGCUGGUGUACGGCGCGCCCAACGACCGCCUCGGCGCUGUGGAGCACCCCUUCCACACCCUGGAGGUGCAGGGCGGCGUGAGGGAGGAGGCGGCGGCCGAGCUGAUGCGAGCUUUCUUCCGUGGGCGGAGGAGGCAGCCCGGCUGGCAGGAGCCGUCCGGAGGCUAA